AUGGAUCACCCUAACAUCGUCCGGCUCUACGGCGUCUAUGAGGACCAGAGACACCUUUACCUGGUGAUGGAGCUCUGUGAGGGCGGCGAACUCUUCGACCGCCUGUCAGAGGUCUUCAACCUGGGGGAGAGGGGCGCGCGGGUCUGCAUGAAGCAGGUCUUUGCGUCCGUGGCCUACUGCCAUUCCAAGGGCAUUGCCCACCGCGACCUGAAACCAGAGAAUUAUCUCCUCUUGGACAAGGACAAACCUCUUGAGCAGACUCUGCUUAAGCUGAUCGAUUUUGGGUUGGCCAAGAAGCUGCCAGAGGAGGGCUUUCUAAAAACGCGAGUGGGCACGGCCUACUACGUUGCACCUGAGGUGCUGGCGCAGGCCUAUACAGAAGCAGCGGAUACCUGGAGUGCUGGCGUCAUUCUCUACAUCAUGAUCUGUGGCGCCCCGCCUUUCAAUGCUGCGCAGGACAGUAACAUCCUCAAGUUAGUCAAGAAAGGCCAGUACAGCAUGGAGGGUGGGGUGUGGCCUACGGUGAGCAGUACCUGCAAGAGCCUGAUCAAGGCCUGCCUGGAGAUGGAUCCCCAAACGCGCAUCACAGCCCAAGAUGCUUUGAGCCACGAGUGGUUUCACAUCGAUGAGGCCAACGGCUGCGCUCCCCUGGAUUCCUCAGUUCUCCGGAAUUUGAG